AGCAGUUCGGUCCUUCUUUGAUCCAGCAGCUGUUGGACGACUUCCUGUUCAGAGCGUCUCGUAUCAUCCUGAGCAAUGACAGCUCAUCUAGCACUACAGCAUCUAUCCACGACUUUCACCCAAAGUGCAGUACGGUCAGCAGUCGUCUGGCGGCGUACGAGGUGCUGGUCAUGUUGGCUGACAGCUCUCUUACUAGCCUGCAGCUCAUCACUAAAGAACUGCUGUCCAUGCACCACCAGUCUGACCCGUCUCUCACCAAAGAGUUCGACUAUCUUCCUCCUGUAGACAGUCGCUCUGUGUCUGGGUUUGUGGGACUGAAGAACGGAGGUGCGACCUGCUAUAUGAAUGCAGUGUUCCAGCAGCUCUACAUGCAGCCUGGUUUGCCUGAGGCUGUCUUGUCAAUUGAAGAUGACAUUGAAAACCCAGAGGAGAGUGUGUUCUGUCAGGUACAGUCUCUGUUUGGUCACCUGAUGGAGAGCAAACUACAGUACUACAUACCUGAAAACUUCUGGAAGAUAUUUAAGAUGUGGAAUAAAGAAUUAUACGUGCGAGAACAGCAGGACGCUUAUGAGUUCUUCACCAGUCUGGUGGAUCAGCUUGAUGAACAUCUAAAG